UGGAUAUCAAAAAAGGAAACUAAAAGAAAAAAAAAUGAAUUGACUGCUGCAUUGCCAAAGAUAACUGGAUAUUUUAAUAGUAAUAAUUGCGAUUUAUUACCAAUUAAUAAUGAUAAAAUUGAUUCAACUGCAAAUGAGGCAGAAUUACAAAUACCUUUUCUUGCUUCAAGAGGCUUACCAUUUAGAGAUGAUAAAGAAGUCUUCGGUGUAAAUAAUAAUGGUAAUUAUUUGGGUAUUUUAGAACUUAUUUCAGAACAUGAUCCUUUUUUAAAAAAUCAUAUUGAAAUGCACGGUAACAAAGGUAGUGAACAUCCAUCAUACCUUUCAAAAACUAUUUGCAACGAAAUAAUUAAUCAAAUGAAUACAGAUCUUACUAAUCUUAUUAUAACACAAAUAAAAGAAGCCAAGUAUUAUUCAAUCAUAAUGGAUUCCACACCUGAUUUAUCCAAAACUGAUCAAAUGGCCAUAGUUCUAAGAUAUUGUACACCAACUAGUGUCAACGAACGACUAGUUGUAGUAGUAGUAGUCCUACGACAAUGCUGA